AUGACAAAGCUCAAAGCUCUAGUUUACACUCUGCUUUGUCAGAGUGAACUGUCUGCUGUUGCUGUUCACCUGCUCUUGCAGUGCAAUAGAGUUCAGACCAAACCUGUUUCUUCACUCGAAAACGCGCUCCAACCUGCAGAGCCACUGUCUCACGCUCCCACACAGGGACCGUCAGCUGAGUUCACCGCAGCUCGGAAAGCUACAACUGCAGCCGCACCACCCAUGACAUGGCUCCGGUCGACAUCGUGGGUUUGGUCUGAGUCGUUCGAUCAGCUCCUGCAGUGUAAAACGGGCCUGUUGGUGUUUGAGGAGUUCCUGAGGAGCGAGUACAGCGAGGAGAACCUGCUCUUUUACCUGGACUGUGAGGCGUUCAGGAACCUGCCCCCAGAGUCCGACAGAACAGCUCCAGCCAGAAGAAUCUACAGGGAGUAUGUGGCCAGCGGAGCUCCACGACAGAUAAACAUCGACUGUGUGAUUCAGGCUGAGAUCAGGUCCAGCCUCUCGGAUCCAGGACCGGAGUGUUUCAGCUCGGCCCAGAGGACGGUCCACGCUCUGAUGGAGAACGACUCCUACCCACGCUUCCUCAAAUCUCCGCUUUACCAGGCCCUCCAGGAGACCGCCGCCUGCACGUGAGGGUCCGGGCUCCGGGGCAAUAAGGUCACGGGUUCGAUUCCCAGACCACACUGGGACUUUCUGUGAGUUUUUUGGUUUACCUGAUCUACAAUAACAUGCUUACUCCUCCACCAAAGUGCUCCAAGGUCCUGGGUGAGUGUCUGGAGAUGAUGCUGCUCAGGUUUAACCCAAAAACAGUGACGGGUGGGUCAAAGACGACACAUUUCCUUUGGGGUGCUCAAAGAAGAACCGGUUUGUUUUCUAAAUGAACUAAAAUCACUGUGAAAUUAACCAAAAAAAAAAAAAAGAGUGAAACUUUUCUUUAAAGGUUGUAUGGAGGAUUUUUUUUUUUGUUUCAAACUGUCAGUCAAAGAUUAAAAUACCAUUACAGAGACGCAGCAGCUUUGCAAUUAUGAUGACCAAAAAAAAAAAGAACAAAAAUCUAUCAACUGUGGACGUGUUGA